AUGCCGUUUUCAAACGAACGGAGCGAGCUGAUUGGUGCCUUUCUUUCUUAUGUUCUUCUUAGCUUAUCUAUAUUUAUAACAUACCUAUUAUCCCUUGCCCUUUAUCGACUGACUUUCCACCCUCUUGCGAGAUACCCAGGACCUUUCCUGGCUAAGAUUACCGAUUGGUACUCCGUAUAUCAUGCAUGGAAGGGUGAUAGGCAUCUUGAAUUCUGGAGAUGCCAUGAAAAAUAUGGCCCUGUUGUCCGGUUUGGCCCGAGUAGUCUAUCGAUAAAUACUAAUACGGCACUAAAAACGAUCUAUGGCCACAAAUCAAAUGUCAAGAAAUCCCAAUUCUAUACCGUCUUCCCGCCGACUAAGGAUACCUUCAACACUCAUAGCAGCAUUGAUAAAGCUAGCCAUGCUCGGAAACGGCGAGUGCUCUCCCAUGCCUUCUCGGACAAUGCAUUGAAAAGCAUGGAGAAGUAUAUCCUGGCUAAUGUUCGCACAUUCUGUUCGACAUUGGGUCCCAAACCAAAAUCUUCGACUAGGGAGAGUGGAGGCCAAGCCAAGUGGAGCGUUGCUCAAAACAUGGCAGACUGGUGUAACUACUUGACCUUCGAUGUGAUGGGUGAUUUAUGUUUCGGGAAAGCGUUUGAAAUGUUAGAGCACCAUGAGAACCGGCAUGUGAUCAAUCUGAUCGGGAGCGCAGCCCACAUGCAUCUGAUUCUUGGGUCGAACCCCCUGAUUAAGAAGCUGGGAUUAAACAAGAUACUUUUCCGAAAAAUAUAUUCUAAGAGGAUGGAAUAUAUGGCUUAUAGCAAAGCCCAGGCAGCAGAAAGGACGAAGAUCGGUUUAGACACCGACCGAAAGGAUUUCUUCUACUAUCUGCUUAAUUCACGUGACCCCGAGACUGGAAAGGGGUUCACAACUCCAGAGUUAUGGGGAGAGAGUAAUCUUCUCAUCAUUGCUGGUUCAGAUACUACAUCAACUGCGCUAGCGAGUGCAUUCUUCUAUCUCGUUCAUAAUCCUUCGGCCCUCGACAAAUUAUCCGAGGAGAUCAGAUCUACCUUUUUAGAUGUCGAAGAGAUCUCUUCAGGCCCUACACUCAACUCUUGUACUUACCUUCGAGCUGUUAUUGAUGAAGCAAUGCGCCUAUCGCCACCAGUUGGCGGAAUCCUCCCUCGAGAGGUCCUUCCGGGGGGGCUUGAAAUUGACGGCCUUUUCAUUCCGGAGGGCAUUAUAGUCGGGACGCCACACUACGCACUUCAUCACAACCCCACAUAUUACCCUGAUCCUUUCUCAUUCAGGCCAGAACGCUGGCUUGUAGGUGGUUCUCCUGACAACACACAAGAAGCAGUUGAACUGGCACAGUCGGCAUUCUGCCCCUUCAGCACCGGCCCAAGAGGCUGUAUCGGAAAAGGAUUGGCGUACGUGGAGCUCAUGACGACUUUGGCGAGGGUUGUAUAUCUGUAUGACCUGAGGUUGGCGGAGGGAAUUAGUGUCGGCGAGGGAAAUCCGAUGUUAGAGUGGGGAAGACACCGAAAGGGUGAGUAUCAAUUGAUGGACUCUUUUACGAGCAUGAAGGAUGGCCCGUAUGUUCAGUUUCGGGAGAACGGAUAUUAG